UGUCUCAAUCUGCUGGUGGGAAAAUUUACUGUCGUUUUACCUUUUUGCGCCCGGCUACUCUCGGUUGUUAGAGAUAUUGUAUGGAAUAUAAUAUUUCCAAUGGAGGAGGCCAGGGAUUUAAAACUAGGCUUCACACUCAAAGAACUGACACUUUCCGAGUUGAGGGACCGUGACGAAGUGCCUGGCUGCUCGUCUACUUUGGAGCUGGGGGACGACAAGCUAGUGUGCGUGGAGUAUCCAGCGUUGAUUUCCAGUGUGGACAAGAUGCUACAGACUCUUGGUGGAGAACAAACGGUGUCCAAGACCUACGCUCACCAAAAUCUGCGGCUCGAGCUGCGCUACCGACCCCAGGACCCUUUCUGUCAUGCACUGUGUGGAAACCGCUUCUCGUCCAACAACCUCCUUCUCAGGGUGCGAAGGAGAAUCAGCAAAAAAGACUCCAGAGUUGCUGAGAUUAAAAUGGAAAUACUCGGAGUCAUUGGAACAACAUAUAAAUUUCAAGGGAUGGCAGACUAUCAGUGCCUCGCUGUGGAUUGCCAAGAUGGAAAGCCUACAUCUUUAUAUGACAAAAUCAUCCUUCGCAAAACAGAAAAGCAAGAGUUUUUUGAGCAGCCCAUGCCGUACUUCAUUCCACCGGCCAUCUUCUCACGUCUCGACACUCCCGUGGAUUAUUUCUACCGGCCUGAUGUUAGUCAAAGGCAGCAAACGGAUUUUCAGAGCAAGACAAAUUUCAUUGGUUUGAAUCGAGCCCGACGAGCCCACAAUGCCAUUUUCGUCAGUUACACAGAUCCUAUUGUGCCCACCGAGUGCAUAGAGGCAGCCAAGGUGAACUGGACACGAAUUUGCGUGAGGGACCAUGACAAGCAGGCGGAAGAAAAGAUAGUUGCGAUGUUUGAGAGCCGUCCCAUCUGGUCACGGAACGCAGUCAAGGCCAACAUUGACAUCCACCCUGAAAAACUCAAAGCUCUCCUGCCGGUCUUUGCCUACUACAUGGUGACUGGACCAUGGAGGAGUCUGUGGGUCAAGUUAGGUUAUGACCCCCGAAAGACAGUUGAGUCCAAGAUAUACCAGAUGCUGGACUACAGGUUGCGCUGUAGCACCAGGAGCGCAUGUGUACUAUCAGACCUACUAGUGAAACCCAAAAGGAGUACCCUGAACUACACCCUGCCUAUUGCAAUCAACAAGACCGGUCCAACUCCAGCCAGUGUAACAGACCUUCCCACUCAAGAGGGUUCAAGUACCAGUAGAGAUCCAGUCCGAGUCUCAUAUCAGCUCAAGGAGUCAUCCUAUAUUUUCAGAGAGGGCAUGCUUCCUCCUCAUCGGCAGAUGUUUUACCAGCUGUGUGACUUGGAUGUGCCAAGAAUACAGGAAGUCAUCCAGCAGAACAGCGGUGCGGAGCAAAUAUGCAAUGAGCGGGAUGGCUGGUGUGCUGUUGGCACCACGGACAAGCUGCGAGACCUCAUCUCAGCCAUGGUCAAGAAGGUCAUCCGAGCACAAAGACCACCUUUGCCAAAGGUCCCCAAGCGACCGAGACGUGCAGUCCGAAGUUCAAAAGUGGAUGCAGAAGACCUAGAAGAUGAUGAUGAUGACGAUGAUGAGGAAGAGGAAGAUGAGGACGAUGAAUAUCAGCCAUCAGAGGGAAGCGAAAACGAGAUGGAGACAGAAAUACUGGAUUACAUGUGAGAAAAGAUGAAGGGCACGCUUGUGAUGAUGCUUAUUUUAUUGCCAGACAAAUAAACAUGACAUUUUCUA